UAGAGCUAGUGUCAGGACACUUAAAACAAUAUAUACAAAUUUACUUGAUCUUCUUCCAUCUGAAUUGAUACCAUCUAUUAUAAAGAAUCUUCCAAUCCAAGAUCUUAAAAAUUGCUGUAGUUUAGAUGAUAUAUGGAAAGAUGAGGUUAUUCGAAAAAUUCGUAAAAGAUUAAUAGUAGAUUGUAAAUUCGUAGAUAAUAAUAUUAUCAUUAAAACAAUAAUCAAUCUCAAAUCUCAUUAUAGCAAUAUUAGUAAAGCACUUGUUAAAAAAUUGAAUUGUUAUAUUUCUAGGGAUUUUGGUAGAUCAGGAUAUUCCACAGUAAAAGAACUUGGAAUUAAUGUAAUAAAUUCAGGUAAAAAAAUAAUGGCUCCAACUGACUUGAUCAAAUAUUACAAUUCAGAAUAUUCUGAAACAGAGUCUGAAUCUAAUGAUUUUGAGACUGGCGUGUUUAUUCCUAAUCAUUAUUAA